UCCUGCUCUUAUAAAUGUCCCCGGACCCGAAGCUUCGGUACCAGAGAAUGAGAGAGGCACUAGCGAGACAUCAGAAAACAACAGACUGGACCUGUCAGUCCUUUAGUUUUUAUUUCAAUUUCCUCGUUUCUCCAGGUGUGUUAUAGUAGGAAAUAAGAUGGCCACAUCCGCCAGCGCCACGUUGAGUAAAGCUGUGAAGCAGCAGUACAUGGAUCUCCCUCAGGGAGAUAAAGUUCAGGCCAUGUAUAUUUGGAUUGAUGGGACCGGAGAGGGGCUCCGGUGCAAAACCAGGACGUUGGAUUUUGAGCCCAAAAGCGUCGAAGAGCUACCUGAGUGGAACUUUGACGGCUCCAGCACAUAUCAGGCUGAGGGCUCCAAUAGCGACAUGUACCUGAUUCCCUCUGCCAUGUUCCGUGAUCCAUUCCGUAAAGACCCCAACAAACUGGUCCUGUGUGAAGUGUUUAAGUACAACGGCAAACCUGCAGAAACCAACCUUCGACUUACGUGUAAGAAGGUGAUGGAGAUGGUGGAGGAUCAGCAUCCCUGGUUUGGCAUGGAGCAGGAGUAUACCAUUCUUGGCACAGAUGGACAUCCUUUUGGCUGGCCAUCUAAUGGUUUCCCUGGACCACAGGGUCCAUACUACUGUGGUGUGGGAGCUGACAAAGCCUAUGGCAGGGACAUUGUGGAGGCUCAUUACAGGGCUUGUCUGUAUGCUGGAGUUCAGAUCUGUGGCACAAAUGCAGAAGUGAUGCCAGCCCAGUGGGAGUUCCAGGUUGGACCCUGUGAAGGCAUCAACAUGGGUGAUCAUCUCUGGGUGGCGCGCUUCCUCCUGCACCGUGUUUGUGAAGAUUUUGGCGUUGUUGCCUCAUUUGACCCCAAGCCAAUCCCCGGUAACUGGAAUGGCGCUGGCUGCCACACCAACUUCAGUACAAAGGAGAUGAGGGAAGAGGGCGGCUUGAAAGCUAUUGAGGACUCUAUCGAGAAGCUGGGGAAGAGGCACCGCUACCACAUCCGUGCCUAUGAUCCCAAAGGGGGCCUGGACAAUGCCCGCCGUCUCACCGGCCACCACGAGACCUCCAACAUCAACGAGUUCUCAGCAGGCGUGGCCAACCGUGGCGCCAGCAUCCGCAUUCCUCGCAGUGUCGGCCAGGAGAAGAAGGGCUACUUCGAGGACCGCCGCCCAUCUGCCAAUUGCGACCCAUACGGUGUGACUGAAGCCCUGAUCCGCACCUGUUUGCUGAGCGAGGAGGGGGACGAGCCCACGGAAUACUAGAUCUGCAUCUCAUAGACUGACUCCCCACUGCCCUCUUUGACUUUCUUUACUUUAAGCUAGUACUGUUUUUUUUUUUUUCUCUCCCACUGAGAUGAUUUUUAACCUGAAUUUAAUGGUUGGCUGGUCAACUUAAAAACAUGACAAGGUAAUAUCUGUGUAGUUCUGAGCUGGUAAUGACAGGGUACGUCUCUCCCUCAUGUUUAGAGAGGGGAUGGGCUUUUGUAACACUGUUUUCUAGCCCCUGUCAUGUUUCCCUUUUGUCUGUUGGUGACUAAAAUGAACUAAAGCACACGGACACUGAAGAGUAGAGCUGCUGAGGCUGGGCGGCAUGUGUAACUUUAAUAAAUCUGACUAGUUCAUGUACUGUUAAUAUAUGUGAACCUGCCUUUUUCAACUGUCCAGUCUUCAAUGUUACUAAUUCUUUAUGAUUUUAUGAAGUGUCUAUUUUUAAAUGGCAACGUUUUGAUGUCUUCAGAUUUUGACACACUGGGUCAACUUGUGUGGUACUCUUUGUAGAUGUCUGUACCCAGACGUAUGUUGUUCAAAUGUGAUUGAUCUGUCCAUAAUGCCAUUUGUAGAUUUCCUCAAGGAGUUUUAUCCUUUUGUUAACUGCGAUAUUGUAAUGCACCUGAUUUGGUAAAACAUCAUGUUUACUGAACCUGGUGGUUUUUAUUGAUACAUUUAAAACUUUUAUUUUUAUCACAA